GGACCAGAUUUCGAAGCUCCACCCGAUUUGUAGUGGGUGGGGAGACGUUUCUGGGCUUUGUUGUAGGAAAGCUCAGGGGCGAGGAUAUGUGUACGCAGAUUGGAGUGCUCUUCAUCGCCUCAUAUAGUUUUUACACACCAUGGAUUUAUUCUGUCUUUGACUAUUAAGGGGUUGUUGAAUUCGACGACACGUUUGUUUGGAUCUAUGACUGGUCCAUCUCUUCGGAACAAUGUUUUUACCAAGGAGACGGGAAUGUAUUGUUGCGUAUUUAAUGACGGCUCUUAUAGAAUUCUCUGUCGUCUCGGUGCAUGGACAACUGUCCUACUCUGUGUCCGAGGAGUCGAGCGUAGGAACAACAGUGGGAAAUAUCGCCAAGGAUUUAAAUCUGAAUGUCCAGGAUUUGGAGUCGCGUAUGUUUCAACUCGUCACUGGAUCAAAGAAGAAAUAUUUUGAGUGCGAAAUCACAGCAUUUGAACAUCGCAGAGAACAUUAUACCUGGCGUUAAAUUCCCUUUGUCCUAUGCUUCUGAUCCUGACGUUGGUAAAAAUACUGUAAAUACAUACAAGUUAAGUCAAAAUGACCAUUUUUCCCUUACGGUGCAUAAAGGAGAGGAGAAAGGAGAUCAACGUGUGUCUGCAGAGUUAGUGUUACAGAAAGCAUUAGACAGAGAGAAGCAGCCGGAGAUUAGACUUGUUCUGACCGCAGUAGAUGGAGGAAAUCCUCUGAAAUCAGGCACGUCUCAAAUAAUUAUACAUGUUUUAGACACUAACGACAAUGCUCCAGUAUUUAGUGCUCCCUUGUAUAAAACUGCCCUAUUUGAAAAUGUUCCUCCGGGGACCAAAGUAAUCACUCUCAAUGCAACCGACGCAGACGAUGGGACAAAUGGCGAGAUUGUCUACUCCUUAAGGAAGACUGAUCAAGACCACAUUUUAGAUGCUUUUGAAAUAGAUCCAAACACAGGCGCCAUUACGGUACAGGGUAUCAUAGACUAUGAAGAGCACAGUGCGUUUGAGAUUCGGGUCGAGGCGAGCGAUAAAGGGCAGCCUCCAGUACUUGCACAUUGUAAAGUGCUUGUUGAAAUAAUGGAUCUCAACGACAAUGCCCCUGAGAUCACCGUGACGUCACUUCUUAAUACGGUUAGGGAAGACGCACAAAGGGGCACUGCUAUUGCUCUUGUGUCCGUGCUUGAUAGAGAUGGAGGUAAAAACGGUCAAGUCAACGUUGCUAUAUCGGAUGAUGUCCCGUUUAAAUUAGAUGCAAACUAUAAAAACUACUACUCACUAGUUGUAAACGGGGCUCUAGACAGAGAAAAAACAUCUCAGUACAAUAUCACCAUCACCGCUACAGAUGAGGGGACUCCAUCUCUCUAUAGCAGCAAAGUUAUUAAUGUACAUGUGUCUGACGUGAAUGACAACGCGCCACGCUUUUCAGAGCCAAUUAUAAACAUUUAUCUGAAAGAAAACAGUCCAGUCGGCGCUCUGAUUAGUUCUGUAACUGCAUCUGACUUAGACAUAAAUGAAAAUGGGCAGAUUACUUAUACGGUUAUGGAAAAUAAUGGCAACAAUGCAAUACCAGUUUCCUCAAUGAUAAAUGUAAACUCCGCCACGGGAGAUAUACAUAGUAUAAAGUCAUUCAACUAUGAAGAAAUGAAAACAUUUCAAUUUAAGGUUCAGGCUACUGACUCGGGUGCGCCUCCUCUAAGUGGCAACGCCACUGUAAAUGUAUUUCUUCUGGAUGAGAAUGACAACAGUCCGGUCAUUCUCCCUCCUUACUCAGAGCACGGCUCAGUUAACAGUGAGAACAUUCCCUAUACGGCCGAAGCUGGAUACUUUGUGGCCAAGAUCAGAGCUGUGGAUGCAGACUCUGGAUAUAACGCACUGCUUUCGUAUCACAUCUCUGAGCCCAAAGGAAAUAAUCUCUUCCGAAUCGGAACCAGCAGCGGGGAAAUCAGGACUAAAAGGAGAAUGAGCGACAAUGACCUUAAAACUCACCCUUUGGUUAUUUUGGUCUCUGAUAAUGGCGAGCCUUCUCUGUCAGCUACAGUGUCUAUUGACAUUGGUGUUGUUGAGAAUAUGGGGGACGUGCAGAGACCAUUUAAAACUGUUUCGGUAAAUAAUGACACUUUUACCGACUUAAAUUUAUAUCUGCUGAUUGCCAUCGUCUCGGUGUCGGUUAUUUUCUUGCUGAGCCUCAUUAGCCUAGUAGCAGUGAAAUGCCACAGGACAGAUGGCAAUUUUAGUGGCUACAGCGCCCCGGUUAUCACCACACACCCUGAUGGGAGCUGGUCUUACUCGAAAUCUACACAGCAGUAUGACGUGUGUUUUAGCUCUGACACACUGAAGAGUGACGUAGUAGUUUUCCCAACACCGUUUCCACCUGCUGAUGCAGAGCUGAUUAGUAUCAAUGGAGGAGACACUUUUCAGAGGACACAAACCCUCCCAAAUACAGACAAGAGGUGUUAUCUUGUCAAUUGGUGUGGUAUUCCAUCAUUCCAGAGUGAUUGUGAUACACCAGCUUUCAAUAUAAAUGCAAACCAGGACUGGAGUUUAACAAUACCCUUUAUUGCAUUUCAUUGGCCCCUCAUGCCAUAACAUUUGUGUGUGUGUCUGUGUGUGUGCAGAACAGAAGUAAAUGCAUUUUACUCUAGUUUA